AUGGAAGGAAUCAUGGAAUAUAAUCGCUUACCUGCAAUAACAACAUUCACACAAUUCAAUCGUCCAAUUUCAAUUUUAUCGCCAUUAGACUUAUCAUUGAGGCAAACAUCAAUUCCAAUAACACCACCAUCAACUCCUUCGCCACCACGUAAACGGUUACGAAAUCCUAAUGAGGACAUUAACAAUUUAUGGCGUCCACAUUCUUUCGGUUAUUUUGACAAUUCACUUUUAAUUCCCUGGAAUAAAACCAUAUCAACAACAAUAUCAACAGCAUCGUUGACAGCAACAGUUAAUAACAAUUCUACACAACCUGUAAAUUCAAUAGUUACAACAUUACCACUAAAUCAGCAAAAGAAAUUUUUAGAAAAAAGUGAAAAUGAAAAUAAAACGAUUAUCGUUGAAGACAGUGAAAGUAGUUCCCCCUCAAAAAUAACAUCGGUAAUUCCAAAAACAACAACAACAAUAAUGCCGAAAGAAAUUCCAAAUGAUUUAACUUCGAAUGCAAAGAUAGUGAUUGAAGAUCCAGAUGAAUCAAUUAUUUUGACUGAAGAUGAGGGUGAUUGCGAUAAACAUCAUAAUGUUCAAGAGAUUCUUGAACAUAUUAUUGAUGAUGAUGAAGAUGAUAAUGUUGAUGAUGAUGAUGACGAUGAAGAGGAAUUCGUAGAUAUUAUAGGAAAUGAUGAUGAUGUAAUUUCAACAAAUUAUAUUUCCCCAAAUAUUUCCGCAAAUAAAUUAUUUGAUGUAGACCAAUAUAAAAAUGAAAAUGAACAAAACCACAACUAUGAUAGAGCAUUGACUGGCAAUAAAGUUGUUUAUGAAGAUGUCGAAUUACAUAAUAAAGCUAUUGAAGGAUUUGCAAAACUUUUCGAGAAAACUUUCAUGCCAUCACCAAUGAAUAACAACAACGAAAAUGAUAGGCGUUUAAAAAUGAGAAAGCAACAUAUUGAUGAGGAUAAUAGCAGUCCGGUAUCUGGAACUAUUAUAAGAAAAUUGAGAGAAGACGAAGAACUUGUUGUACGUAAAGGUGACAUUGAUCCUGCUUUUAAUGUUGUAGAAAUAACAGAUGAAGCUAAGGCUAUACUGGCUAGUAUUGAUAACAAAAUUGGUUCAUAUAUUUGUCAAUUAUGUCGAACUUUAUACGAUGACGCAUUCCAGCUAGCUCAACAUCGAUGUUCAAGAAUAGUUCAUAUAGAAUACCGAUGUUCAGAAUGUGAUAAGGUGUUUAAUUGUCCUGCAAAUUUGGCUUCACAUCGUCGUUGGCAUAAACCAAAAUCGGAGGUCUUAGCUUCUCAAAAUAAAAAGCAAUCAUCAAAUUCUGAAAAGCAAACAAAAAUAUUAUCAGUAACAGAUUUGACUAAUGAAAAGACAGAACCUGAUGAAUCAAGUAGUGGGGAUGGGGUAUUUGCUUGUACUGAGUGUGGAAAAAGCUUCAGACGUCAAGCUUAUCUAAAAAAACACUUAACUUCACAUAAAAUGCUGGAAGAUCUUAAAUCUUUAGAAAGAUUUCGAUUACAAUCUGUUACAACUCAAAUCAAUAAUUUUCCAUUUUAUCAGCAGAACACAAAUCUACAUAAUCAUCCGCCAGCCACUGGAACUGGAAAUGUUUUAAAUACUUCAAAUCACAACCGUUUCUACAUAAAUAAUCCUGCAGCUUCUACAUUACGUUUUCCUCCAUUAUUUCAAAACUUUGAUCAAAGAUGUUUACAACCAUUUAAUGAUUUUUACCUACAACAACAUUUAGACAGAUCAGCUUUUCAAUAUGUUCAACAACAUGGUUUCAGAAGUCACCAAUCAAAUAAUUUAUUACCUUUAACGCAUCCGGCUCAAAUGACUACAGUUAAAUGA